GUCUGUUUCACAGAGGAUAAACAAAACUGCAUGACCCACUCUCAGCUGUUGUUUGGUCAAUAAAGAGUCACAUUCAGGUGUGACUAUGGGGAAGUCAAUUUCCCACCUCACUAAGCAGACAGGUCACGGUGAUGGUCAGGACAGCCUGACCUCUCCUCUGGAAGACACCCAGACUGAGGACGGCAAGGAUGGAGACGUCUCCCAGUUUCCCUAUGUGGAGUUCACGGGACGGGACAGUGUGACAUGUCCCACAUGUCAGGGCACGGGGAGGAUACCCAGAGGACAGGAAAACCAACUUGUGGCAUUGAUUCCUUACAGUGAUCAAAGGCUGCGGCCCAGGAGGACGAAGUUGUAUGUAACAGCAUCAGUGGUGGUCUGCCUGUUACUGUCCAGUCUGGCUGUCUUCUUUCUCUUCCCUCGCUCCAUCGAUGUGUCCUAUGUUGGGGUGAAAUCUGUUUUCGUCGGCUACGACCAAGACAAGCGCAGCGUUUAUCUCAACAUCACGAACACUCUCAACAUCACCAACAACAACUACUACUCAGUGGAGGUCGCCAACAUCACAGCCCAGGUGCAGUUUGCCAAGACGGUGAUCGGUAAAUCUCGCAUCAGUAACAUCACUGCCAUCAGUCCUCUGGACAUGAAACAGAUCGAUUAUAUGGUUCCCACCAUCAUUGCAGAUGAGAUGAGCUACAUGUAUGACUACUGUACUCUGCAAACCAUCAAGGUUCAUAACAUUGUCGUCAUGAUGCAAGUGACCGUCACCACAACAUACUUUGGCCACGUGGAGCAGGUGUCUCAGGAAAUGUACCAGUACGUGGACUGUGGAGGGAACACCACCUUGACCAGAGGGAUGACCAAGCCAUUCAGCAUCCCACAUCCAGCUGAGUAACCCCACCUGUCCUCCUCACUCACUCUGACUCUGGCCCUGGAAGGCCACCAUAGGUUAUUAACUGUGUUCCCACUUCUCCUCCACCUGCAGUGUCUAACAAACUGCUGUUGUCAGACCUAUGACUCUUAAUACAAACAAAAAAAAACUAUUACAACAAAUGGAAAUACAACACCUGUAUCUUGUAAUUACAAAAAAUUGAUACUCAGCCCUAAUUUCAAAAUAAGAUGCAGUGGUUGUAAUAGUGAUAUUAUAAAUAGGGCACUUAUUUUCUCCUCAUUGGUCUCUUUGUCAAUUCCAUCUUGUAAUUUCAUAGUUAUUCAGGAGAAAUGGGCUUAGAAAACAAAUUACAUUAAAAAAGCUCAAAAAAGUAUCAAAUCAAAGUAUCAUUUACAUUAUUUAGUAUUGGACUCAGUAUUUCUAACAGUAUUGAAAAAAUAAUUACGUUGUUAUCGUGACAACACUGUUACCAUCAUACCAUCAGUUUUGCUCUAUAAGUCAGAGGGAGGUGCUUUGAUGCAGGAAAAAAAACAACUUUAUUUUCAUUCUUUCUCUACCUAACAAACCAUAAUGCACUUUAUAAGUCUAUUUAAAAUGCACUCUUUAUUUAUGGUACCGAGUUCUCAAAAGCGUGUUUAUCCCCCACAGUGUGUUGAGCUCUGUGAGGAUGGGUCAUCAAAGACUGGUGUCACUACAUGAUUAGAGGAUUCAGAUACAGCUGUGUCUGAUUCUCAGAUAAGCUCGUGUUGCUCGUAGAGUUUCUCUCUUGACUGCACUGUCUGCUUUGGAUUUGUACAAUCGGCUGACUUGCCUACCACAGCAUUUAGCUGUUGGGGCCUCAGCAUUAAAGUGUGUUCAUUGCUAUUAUGGGUCACUGUUACUUUGUAAUAUAUCAAAGACAUUCCUGUUGCGUUUGAAUUUGAAGUUAGAAGUGAAAAGUCUAAGGUGGUAGGUCACUCUUCUAAUCUGUGUGUUAUAGUGGUCCAGCUUUUAAGAGGCUUCUGGGAAAUUCUGUUUUUUAUUUUUCCACACAGAGUCUGAUGAGAAUUCUUAAACUGAUGUUUACUCUUUAAAGAGUUUUGGCUCGACGCAACGCAACUCUGCAACAAAACCUCUUCAUUGCAAUGGAAUCACUGGGAUCAGUGGAUUUGCUUGUCAGAGUGAAGUAAAUCUUAACGCAACAAGUUCAGCUUUGGUGAACUUUGACAUCCACAGUUAUGUCGUUAAGGCUGAUCCUUAAAGGAACAGAGGGCUGGGGAGUCCAAAUCAGAGUUAGUAAGCUGUUAAACCACAUACUUUUAUUUAACUCUGCUCUAGUGGAGUAAAACAAAAGACAUAUGGUUUGUGGACAGUUAUGACUCAGAUAACGACCGGGCUUGCUUGCUAAGAGCUAGCUUGGAGAGCUAUUAUUGUUUGAGGACUUUUCUGUCGUUUCAUUAUGUCACCUUGCUGUGCUGUGACCUGUCCUCCUCUACAGCUGUUUAAAAGCACACUACAUCUGUAUACUGUAUGUGCAUGUAUAUAGAUAUGAAUUGAUACAUUGGGCAUAGAGAACUAAACUGUUUUUCAUCUUGUAAAUACUUUGAAAAUGUGUUUAUAGUGUCUUCAUAGAAACUUUGAUAGGUUGGGAAAACACACUACAUCUGUAACAUUACAUCUGAGUAGAAUUUAAAGAAAAGCACAUUCAUGGUUUGUUUUUUUUAAUCCUAACAUUCACCCUUAACAAUCCUUAUGAACAUUUAACAUUUGAAAAACUGUUUAAGACUCCUACCUCUUCGGGCAUUUUAAACAUUUUGUUGGUUUGUAUUCUUAGCUACUGUUUGAUGUGGGAGCAUGAAUAAAGUUUUACAACAUUA